CAGUCCUUGUAACACUCCGACAAGAAGGUGACGAUUAUACGAUUAUUUAGCUAGCUAGUUAACAGUGUAGCUUUAUUGUUUUAGCUAUACGUCCAUUUAAAUAAACGGAGGCUAAUAUAUUCAAACAUAACGCUGCUCUACAUAGCUUGCAUAGCUACAUAGAUUUGCUGAAUUACAUUUUCAGGUCUAACUUCGUUAAUAGAAUUACACGGAUGCCAAGAAGAUGGACUACUCCUCGCAUAUUUCUAAAUAUGCAAAUAUGAAAGCCUAUGAAAUAGUGAAAACUACGCUCGAUAAUGUGCAGGACACCUUGUUCCACCAAGACCAAGAAGAAAAAGACAAAAAUCUAUCUAAACAAGUUUUAGGUCCCAAUAAAUAUGAAAUGAAGAAUAUCGAUUGGAUCUCCUGCAAGGAAUUUACAGUUGACCUCGGAAAGGAACAAAUUGAAAAAUGCAUCAAUAUGUGGGAAUUGGAUCCGAGUUGGCUGUAUAGUUUAACGUUCUUGGAGGAGAAGGAACUGGAAUUUCACAAGCAGUAUCACUACAGAGCUCUAUGGAGCAUCCCGACUGCCCAAACUCCAAUCCCAAAAGCCACUGCAUCUGUCUAUUUUGUCAUAGAAAUCUCCAAGAUCAAGCCACAGAGCAUGCCAGUAGAAGUGUAUUAUGUUGUGGAAUCAUGCAGGCUGAGACACAGGCCAGGAAAAACAAGUUUUAGAGAAAGGUGGCUGAAAGACAUCAUUGAGAACAAGACUCGACUGAAAGAAACUAUCAACUUCUAAUAAUAUGCAUUAUUUUAACAAUUUCCUGUAUCAUAACAAAUGAUAAUUGCAGAAAUGGUAAGCAUUAGUCAGAUUCAUGCAUUGUUAUUAAAUAUACUAUGUUAUUAUGAGAUUACAGAUCACUUUGCAAGAGCUCAAAAUUAUUUCCAUUUGAAAAUAAUCAUAUUAAUGUUUAAAUAAUCCCGGAAAUGUUCUCUAUAUACGCACAACAAUAAAAUAAAAAUCAAUGCUCUGGAGAAAUACACUCUUAAAUGAGGAAAUCUAUGGAUUGUUUUGUAACAUUGGCCUAAUUUUGGCCAAUACUGAAAUACUAACAAAUACAUAGUAUUUGUUUCUGUCAAUUUCACUAAUAAAAUAAACUAUGGGGGUAUUGAUAUUAUAUAUAAUAUCAGAGGUUUCUUAGUAAAUAAUGUGAUAUUGUGUGACAUCAAUAAGAUGACAAUAAUGUAAGAAUAAUUUAAAUCUGUAUUUAUAUUACAGAACCUUUCAAACUGUAAGGAAAACGUAAUUGUUACUGUUGCUUUAUUUUUCUUCUUUGCCUUUUGUUUUCCUGUACACCAUUUCCCGGAAGCUUGACAGGAUCUUGUUCUCCCUCUUCCUGCGUUCUUCCUGGUUAAACGACGCCAGGGCUCUCUUUUCAUCUGCACUGUAGAUCUGGUUUUCCUUUCUUAGUCGCACAGCCUCCAUCCGGCGAUGUCUAGAGUUAAAGUGACAUGGUUACCGUGGCAGUAUGUAUGCAUUUGUGUCAGUGAGAUUGAGAGUGGGAGUGUGCAUGCAUGUGUCUGUCUGUGUGUGUGUGUGUGUGUGUGUGUGUGCUUGUCGUCCAUGUGUGGGUGAUUACCUGCUUCCACUCAUAACAUAGCCAGACUGCUCAAAGGCAGCAAUCUCAUCACUGGUCAAGCCAAUUUCACCUCUUCUAGGGAUACGCUUUCCAGCUUUCACAUAUUCUGCCAUAGCAGCACCUUCACCUGGCAACAGUGCAUGACCAUAGCUGCAACCAGAAGUAGGAAGAACAUUUUAAAAUGCUUUCUAAUGAAAAGAUGUCCAAACCUGCAUAUCAAGUUCAUAUUAUUCUUGAAACAAUCAGUAAUUGUAUUAACUGUAAAAAUACAUACUUCAGAGGUUUGUCCUCCUGGGACAGGUGAGUAAGGGGAGCCUCCGGACCAACAAUAUGUUCAUCAUUGUAGGUUCUCUCCACCCACAGUUCCUCAUUCUGGUCCUCUUCGUCUUCAGACUUAUCGCUGCUCGAAUCACUUGACCGUCUCCUGCUCCGCUUACUUUUCUUCUUUUUUGAUUUCUUCCUGAAAGGGAUGCAAAGAAACUUGCAAUAAUGUAGUCAUGUCAGGCUGUAGCCAUGUCUUAUACAGAAAGUGGUAUGAAUGAAUAAUAAAAAGUUACUUUUU